CAAGCGGGAAGAGUAACGCUGGGGAUUUGAUCGUCCGGCCGCCACUUUCCCGGUAAACGGCGGCUUCUGGAGGAGUAAGAGCCGCUGUCUUUGCCCGGUGGAUUAUGAAUUAGUCCCUCCGAGACUGUGAGACUAGUACUGGAGCCGAUCGUUCGCGGGACUGACUGAGAGUGAGACUGACUGGUGAUCCGGCAAACAAACAGCGAGGUCCGAGGAGGAGGGAAGAGAAAGAAACUUGGAUCCGGUGUGACUGGAGCGUUCAAGCUCGUCCAACUUACUACCUCUAACGUCUAACUCGUCUAACUACCUAUAUCGGACUGACUGACUGACACACUGACGCACUGACUGACUCACUGACUGAGUGUGAGCGACUCAAAGGCUCGACGUCGUUCCUUCGGACACACAGUUUUGGGCGCCUGAGGUUGACCUUCAAGUCGGAGCGCAUUCAUCCAGAAGCCCAUUGCACCUAUGGAAAAGGAAGGAGAAAAGGGGCAAUAAAGAGCAACGAGAGGUCAUCGCCCGCUCUGCGGGGCGCGCUGACCGUGCGGGGGGCAGGCAGAAGACCCCUGCCGAUGUGAGCCGGCGGUCUUCGACUCCCCAGGGUGAAGCAUCGCGUCAGACAGAAGCACGUCCCGUGUUGAGCGAAGCGGCUGACCGGAGCUCCUCGACGGGUUCAUGUGGCUCCUCCUUGGCCCGGUCGCUUGACGGCGGGGGGCGGCCCUGUGCGACUCCAACUCUGUCUCCAACCGGGGGCGCUCUGCUCCAGACACGGCGACCAUGGGCAAGGAACAGGAGCUCCUGCAAGCCGUGAAGAACGGAGACCUGCCCUCCGCCCAGAAGCUGGUGGCCAAGGUGAAGACCAGCCGCAGCAAGCUACUGGGCUCCACCAAGAGAGUGAACGUCAACUAUCAGGACUCUGACGGGUUUUCAGCGUUGCACCACGCAGCCCUCACCGGCACCACGGACCUCCUCUCGCUCCUGCUGGAAGCCCAGGCCACAGUGGACAUCAAGGACAGCAAUGGAAUGCGACCGCUGCAUUACGCAGCCUGGCAGGGCAAGGCCGACUCUGUGCUGAUGCUGCUGCGUGCCGGGGCCUCUGUAAAUGGCGCAUCGCAGGAUGGACAGACCCCCCUGCACCUGGCGGCCCAGUACGGCCACUAUGAGGUGUCUGAGAUGCUGCUGCAACACCAGUCGAACCCAUGUUUGGUCAACAAGGCCAAGAAGACACCACUGGACCUGGCUUGUGAGUUCGGCAGGCUGAAGGUGGCCCAGCUGUUGCUGAACAGUAAUAUGGUGGCAGCCCUGCUAGAAGGAGAGAGGAAGGAUGGCCCGGAUCCCCCCACUAACACACCGCUGCACCUGGCUGCCCGUAACGGCCACAAGGACAUCAUCAGGAUGCUGUUGAAAGCAGGCAUGGACAUCAACAGGACCACCAAGGCUGGCACUGCCUUGCAUGAGGGAGCCCUCUAUGGGAAGACCGAAGUAGUGCGUCUGCUGUUAGAUGCUGGGAUCGAUGUCAGCAUCCGGAACACGUACAACCAGACAGCGCUGGACAUCGUAAACCAGUUUACCACUUCCCAUGCAAGCAAGGACAUCAAGCAGCUCCUCCGAGAUGCCUCGGGGCUCCUCCAGGUGAGAGCGCUGAAGGACUUCUGGAACCUGCACGAUCCCACAGCCCUCAACAUCCGCGCCGGCGACAUCAUCACGGUACUGGAGCAGCACCUGGACGGCCGCUGGAAGGGCCACAUCCACGAACCCCAGAGGGGCACGGACCGCGUGGGCUACUUCCCUCCCUCCAUCGUCGAGGUCAUCAGCCGGCGCUCUGGGGGCACCCUCUUGAGGCACGCUUCCCUGCCCACCCAACGCCAGCAGUUCCUGUCCAGAGCCCCCCCUGUCUCCAGUCUGAGCUCCGCCCCCCAGACUGACGACUCCUACACACUGUAUGCGUCUCCCCCUCAUCUCACUCCGCCCCACGCCAACGGCCUGGACGACAAUGCAGCCGGGGACCGCAACAGCGUGGGAAGUACGGGCAGUGUUGGUAGCACCCGCAGCGCCGGCAGCGGGCAGAGCACAGAAAGCAGCCAUGCCCACAAUGGGCCACACCACACUACCGGACUUCUUGACCCCAACAAGCCAUCGGCCCCUGUUGGCGAACCAGCACAGCUUUUUAUUACGGGCUCCAACUCCAGCAAGCAGCACGAUCCAGCUCAGGGGGGUCUGCGGCGGAUGAAUCUGAACAGCCUGAGGGCUGGGGAACAGGGCCUCUCUCAGCACUUCAUCCGCCCUGAGCAACACCUGGAUGGCAAGGACGCAGAUGCCAUCUACCAGUGGCUCAGUGACUUUCAGCUGGAGCAGUACACGAGCAACUUUCUCAAUGCCGGAUACGACGUGCCCACUAUCAGCCGGAUGACCCCAGAGGACCUGACAGCCAUUGGGGUGACCAAACCGGGCCAUCGGAAGAAGAUCUCCCUGGAGAUUGGAAAGCUGAGCAUCCCAGAGUGGCUGCCAGACUACGUUCCAACGGACCUGAUGGAAUGGCUCAGUGCCAUCGGGCUGCCUCAGUACCACAAGAAGCUGUCAGAGAACGGCUACGACUCCAUCAGCAUUGUGCGAGAUGUCACGUGGGAGGACCUACAGGAGAUUGGCAUCACGAAGCUGGGACAUCAGAAGAAGAUCAUGCUUGCUGUGAAGAAGCUGUGUGACAUCCAGAAAGCCCAAAACCAGGCAGAGGGACAUGGGACACUGCGUCGCAAGCUGCCUGCCUCCCUGGAGCUGGUCGCCAUUGAGCCGCCAGAGAGCGGGGACUGCCCUUCACCCCACACCCCCAAAAUGCUCACCUUCCAAGACAGCGAGCUAAGUGCUGAACUGCAGAGUGCGAUGUGCAGCACCUACGGGGGCUGCCAGGAGGGUUUCUCCAUGAAGAACGCGGGGGCUAUGUCCGUCAGUCAGGAGAGCAUCGGCACACGCUCCCGUGGUUCGGGGCACUCCCAAGAGCCCCCGCUGGCCUCUGCUGCUGUCCGCAGUCGCUCCCAGGAGAGCCUGGGAAGCGGUGACAGUGGUGGCAGCCGGUCUACCGGUAGUCCAGCAAAAGAGCGCAACCUUCCUGAAGGCUGGGACCAACGACAGCCCCCACCUGCCAAGAUGGCGCUGCUGCCGCAGAGCGUGCCUGGCCUGACGCCCCCGCACACCCCCAGCAAGGGCCCUGGUUCUGCUUACCCGGCUCUUCCGGCAAAGCCCAAAGCCAGCGGCUCCCCGGUGCCACCGUACCACUCCUCCCCACAGGGCUCUGUUGCGAAGAAAGCCUUCAGCUACCUGCACUCCCACUGCGGCAGCACGGAUCUGGAGCGCAAUCCGCAGGCCAGGCCUUUUCCUGGUGCCGUGGCCCUGCCGGGGUCCCGUGGACAAGUGGCAAACGGGAAUGUCCUACGCCCCAAGAAGCGAACCCAGAGCCUAACGCGUUACGCCCUGUCAGACGGAGAGCCUGAUGAGGACGAGCCUCCCGCCCUGCCCUCGGCAGCCCUGGCCUCUUACGCCACCCUGACCCGUCGUCCCAGCCGGAGCCAGCUUGCCCGUCUGCACUCAACCCCGGAGAGCAGCCUCGGCCGCAGUCAGUCCUUCGCCGUGCGCGCAAGGAAGAAGGGUCCGCCCCCACCUCCACCCAAGCGCCUGAGCUCAGUGAGCAGCACUACACCUGCCAACCCUCCUGAGCCGGCAUACUCUCACGCAGCUGAGGUGGAGAACACGGGCAACGCAAGGAGUAUCUCCGCUGCGCUGGAGGCCUCCGAGAGUGGCUCCGGAACAUUCCUGGCACCCAAUGUGCAAAACAAGGUGGUGGGCACCCCCAAGCCCCCUUCACCGGUGCCCCCGCCGAAGCCAGUGCUGCCAGCGAUGGCCUGGGAGCCAGCUACUAGCAGGAGGAGGACAGUGAGUGAACCAGGUGCUUGUGAGACAGACAAGGUGAAGACAGGAAGCGGACCGCGCUCCGACACCGAGGACGACAGUGGCCGGGGCCUGGAGGGCUCGUCGUCACCGCAGCACAGCUCCAGCGAGUGCAUCCCCUUCGCCGAGGAGGGCAACCUCACCAUCAAGCAGAGGCCUAAGGCAGGAGUCAUUAAGCUGGAGGCUGGCAGCUCGGCCCAGGAGAAGAGCCAGCCAGCCAAGGGGCAGGAAGUGCCCGAGUUCAACCUGAAGGAGUCCGACACGGUCAAGCGAAGGCACAAACCGAAGGAAGUGCCGAAGGAGGAGGCUUCGGUCACCGAUGGCAUCAACCUUCCCGCAGCCCCUGGCUUAGAGAGCGGACAGGGGUUACGCAGCAAUGACGGUGUGAACACAAGGAUUGUGGAGCUAGAGAAGAACCUGCUGUGCUUUGAGCAGGAGAGCUCUGGUACAAAGCCCCAGAAGCCCCCGCUCUCCCCAAAACCAGCCAGUCCCCAGAAGCCCCCGACUACUGCUAAAGCCCCUCAACAUCUCCCUGCAUCCUCUUCAGCUCGAGUGCCCGGUGUGACGCUCAGCGUGGUGCAGAGCGUGGCCUUUGCCGAACCCUGCCCCCGCAGCCCGCACGCCUCUCCGGAGCCUGCUGCAGCCCACCAGCCUCAGAAGACGGGAAAGCCCUGGACCGGAGCGCCGGCCUCAGCCCUGGCCCAGAACCGGCUGGAGCAGACCAGCACAUCCCUGGAAGCAGCGCUGAAGGCUGUGGAGAGAAAGCUCACUCUGGACAAUGGCGUUGACAGCGGUGGCGGCACGGUGAAGUCGGCCGGAAACAUUCUCGACGACAUCGGGAACAUGUUUGACGACCUGGCCGAUCAGCUGGACGCCAUGCUGGACUGAGCUCCGUCUCCCUUGCCCUCGGCAGUAGGGCUGCACCUGUCACCAUGACGACCUGCCAUGGCCCUGUCACGAGAACAUUGGGUUCAGCAUGCUGGUGCCACACCCUCCCCCACCGCCUGAGAAGAGACACGGGUAUCAGGGGGAUAAUGAUGUGUCGGGGGCCUUUGGGACACUACUAGCAGGCGGGUGGAGUGAGACACUGUGCAGACCCCCACCCAACGCUCCACCAACACAAGCACUUAACGCUACUACUAUUGUCCUCUACGCUGGGCUCUGGAUGGAGAGGAGCUGCCGUGAACCAGGCACGUCAACGUACUUCCGCGUGCUUGUCAGCCGGAGCUCAGACCCGAGUCACUCGCGUCCCAGGUGGAGCCACCGACUCAGCACUGAAAGCUCCCGCCAGUCGAGAAGACACGGCGUCAGCAUUGUUCUAUCCGAGUGCGCGUGUAUGUAUGCGCCCCUGCUCCAGCGUACGCAGCCUGGGCCUGGUCGCCACGCAGCGAGUGAGCGGAGUGACAGCUGUCGCUUGGGAACAUGGCGAAUUCAUCAUGAAAACAAACCGGGUCAGAAAACGCCGAGUGCUUCGGCCUUAGCGGAAAAACUUUGCAGUAUUAGGAAGCGUUAUUCCUACUUGGGGGGAAAGAA